GCUUUCCAUUUACGUCAUCACAACGAGACGCCAAUCUAGACCCAAACAAACCUUCGUAUGUAGCUCCUAGCAGAACGUUUACCGUUUAACCAUGAAUGGCUAUUUUAUCCGGCGCUGCGUAGUAUUUUGAGGACGACAAUGAUUUCAGUCAGCUAUAUCCUGUUGUGCGGACAGUUCCUGUUGCUACUGACGGUGAUCCUGCUACAGUGUUUGGAAGGAAUCCACUCCCAAAACUCGACAACAACAGAGACUCCUGCUUCCUCUCCGCCCGGCCAGGAGUCCACCAUUCUCCCCUCCACCGAUGGGACUAUGAAAUCUGACGCACCGAACGAUAAUAGCUCUACGGAGCCUUACGAGUACAAGCCUCCGUCCCCGGUCGUCCUCUGCAGCUACCUACCAGAGGAGUUCAUCUACUGUCAAGACCCUGUGGAUCAUGCAGGAAACUACAGUGCAUUUCAGGAGAUGGGCCAUGGUUGCGUUGGGUGGGGCGGCCAGACUCAAAAAGAGGUGAACCACACUCCCGUCAUCUGCACCGCUCUCGAUGAUAUCGAAUGUGCUGGACCCAGAGAAUUCCUCAGAGGACAUGUACCCUGCAUCAAGUACACUGGACAUUACUUCAUCACCACACUGCUGUACUCCUUCUUCCUGGGAUGUUUCGGUGUUGAUCGUUUCUGCCUUGGCCACACCGGCACCGCAGUCGGGAAGCUGCUCACCCUGGGAGGUCUGGGAAUCUGGUGGUUUGUGGACCUGAUCUUGCUCAUUACUGGUGGUCUGAUGCCCAGCGAUUACAGCAACUGGUGCACCUACUACUGAGGCCGACAGGGAAGCAUGUCAGGGGACUGAGGCCACCUCUCGUCCCCGUAUUUAUCAGCUUAACAUGGACCACUACAGGGCUGUGGCAGCAGCCUGCAGUGGCUACGAGUCUGUGGUCUGGCUUGUACCAAGCGGAAGCCAGGUAUCUCCUACACGGGGUUCCAAGCAGCUCCAGAGAAAAAUGAGGGAUAAUCGGGUUGCAAUUUUUUUUCCUCCAAUUUCCUUAAAGUUUCCCGCUUUCGACAACGCAGUGGUGAUGCUGGUUUGUUCUAAGUUGUAAACGAAAGUCUUUUAGUGUAGUUUGGUUCAUUUGGUCCAGUGCAUGGCAAAAAAAGAUACAGUGUUGCCUUCUAGUUCUGUUCUACGCAAUAAUGCAAAGAAUCAAACACCAAGAUUUAACACUCGGAUUCCGCGAUGGUGGUCCUGCCUUCUGAAUGCCAUCGCAAAAAAAUGAAAGUGUGACUCAGCUCUGUCAUAGGAAAAAUCUCUGCACUCACACUUUACCAGGGUUACCAAAUGAAUUACACGUGUUGCCUUAACAACCGUUCAAGAUCAGUUUAACAGAUCACAUCGUUAAAUCUGUUUGUUUCGUCUGAAGCCCCAGAGUCCAAUCGUUUAGUCCACUAUAGGACACAUCCAAAGUCCAGUUGUUCUUAGACCACCUUUAAAUCUACUGUGGACUGAGUCUGUCUUGAAAGACUGAGUCGGUGUGUUGGUGUGAAAGCAAGGCAAGCAACCACAGGGCUGAAGCAACUGUGCUGCCUGCUGAUGAGCCAAAACACUCUCUCACAGAUGAAGAGAAUAACAGGCAUUAUCCCGGCCCGUGUCAAGGUCUGGGUCUGCAAGUGAGCCAGCUGUCAUAGUCAGUGUGUCGGAUAAGGCUAUAAUGUCUUUAACGUAUCAUAAAAGAUAAAAGCAUGGCUUUAAUAAAAGACCUUUUUCUGCGAUGACACUGAAUUAAUCAUUUAUCAUUUGGUAACCAUGGUGACGAGGUAAAAUACUGUGAUGCUUUGAUUUUAACGCUGAGCAGCGGGUGGCAUAAAUGCAACAUACCGACUGGCAGUAAUUAUCCCUCCUGCUGUAUACACCGAUCAGACAUAACAUUAUGACUGCCUUCCUGAUAUCGUAUAGUUUCCCUUGUGCCUCCAAAACAUUUGUUUUUUUCUUCUUUGAAGUUGUUCCCUUUAUGUGUCAGGCUGCCAUCAAGGGGUGUCAUUGCUGUGGGGUCUAGGUCGGUGGUACAUGUCUAACAAACUUUGUAUUGUCACCAGAUGGGCAAUAUUAUUCUCUUCUCCUAUUGGGGGUUUUAAUGUUGUGGCUGAUCGGUGUGCGUUCACACGCAGUGUCAUGUUCACACUGAGUUAUGUCUUCAUGAGCUCUUUGUGAUACCCUCAUCCAUGCAAAAACACAGAGGGUUCAGUCAGGUGUGGCACGGCCUAUAGCAGGAUGACAAAUGGCAGACACCACAGCCAGGUCUGGAUACACGGCUGUACACUGACGUUUCUUUAUUAGCCCCAAAAACCAACAAGCGUUCCACAGGUAAAGUCAAUUGUUCACGUAAUUUUAAAGCAAAAAUUCCCCAAAUUUUGUUGUAAAGUUGUAUAAUGUGUUUUAGGUUCUAAAUGGUAACAAAACCAACAACUAACAAUUAGAAUAUGAUCUCAUCUCAGUUUCACUGUCUGUUAAACCAAAGUGAUGAGGCACAACUAAUGACCACUAUGUGAGCUUAAACAGUUAAAGUACUAGACACAGGAUUAUAUAGUCAACACAUGUGGAUUGUGCAGCUUUUAAACUUUCUGGUGAACCCAGGCCUGCUUGUAUUGGGUUGGCAGGUCUGUCUGAUGGAUGAGUUACUGGUUGGCCCACAUGACUUCCUGUGUGAACAAAUACCAGAACAGAACUAAUGCCAAAUACAUGUGUAUUGUAUUUUUUUUUUUUUUUUGGUUUGGACCAAAUGAACCAAAGUGUGAAGGCUAUAAUGGUUGGCACAGUCCUGUCUGUGGAAUGUGAGUGAAAUCUGCACGGACUAGUCAAGUGCCAGAAAGACUGGAUGCCUGUUUCAUGCUCCGAAUGUAUUUAACUUUUGUGUCGUACGAUCUCGGGUCCGGCUCGCGUUAAGUUGUUGCACUCAGAUUUCUCGUUUUGACUUUUCCACAUGGCCCGGCCUAACACAGUAAACAAAGCAACUCUUUUUUUGGUUUCUUUUUUUUUGCUGUCAGAAAAGACCCCUUCACAUUGUUUGGUGUGCAUAUGUGAAAUGUGUCUGUAAACAUAUACUAUAUUGUGUAUAAUGUGAGUUUGAAGCUUUAGCACAAGUGCUAAUUUAAGUACGUCAGGAUCCGUGGCUGGGCUGGCAGGGCCCGGAUCGUUUGUGGGUUCGAUGAAUAUCUUGAUUUACAUUUGAAUCUACUAUUUCUAAGAUAUUUCGUAUAUGUUCACAUGUCAACACUUCAUCUCACAUUUGAGAUUCACCAAGAGUCUUAGAGACCUAGAGGCUUUCAUUCCCGUUAAAAAUCUGAGCGGUGAUCUCGAGGGCACCUGAGGGCGAUGUCUUAUGUCAUCACUUAUUUUCUUCCUUCAUAUUACCCAACAGCCCAGCGUUGACCCUUCAUUCUGCUCAAAGCGCUCUGUAUUCUGCAUUUUCCUCAUCUUCAGUCUCUUCCAGCUGUACUUAAGCUGAUUAACAGCGGGGCCCCCAGCAAGCAGAAACACAGGCCUGAAGAUGGAUAGCGAGCACAUUAGUCGAGGGGGAAAUUUACUGCUUUUUGGUAUUGACUUGAGGAAUGUUUUAAGACAGCGCUAGUACUAUAUUCUUUUACUUUGAAGGGGGGGAAAAAACCAACAUCCUUUGCAUUCACCUGCAGAGCCCGAUCCCGUCCCAACGUCUCAAGCUGAUACAAAUUUUGAUCUUCACCGACUUUGUGCAGCGAGGCUCGUGUCCCGCAUUAAACACUCAAAUCUUCAGUUUUCACUUUGUUCAAUUUCUCUUUCAUCAAUAGACGAGGUUUCACUACCUUAGGGGUAAAACCCCUGUCGAUUUCAUCAUAAAAGGCUGAAGAAGAAGGAGACACGACUGGCGCGCGUCGACGCUUCUCAUCCAGCAGCUGCAGCCUUUGGCAGACAGUAUGUUCUCAGCUCGCUAAACAUAUUUUGUGGAGGGAAGCAUUAAAACACCACAUAUUGCAAUUCCACUUAAUUCCACAGUAUGCUAGUUUAUGUGCUCUUACACACUGGAAGAAGAUCUAACAGCGCUAGGUGUUUCAUUUAGAUUCUUUCUAAAAAUUCAGCUCUGCGGAUUUGCUUUGUAUCAGUAUAGAGACAUACUGUGUUAAUGCUCAUUUAAAAACUUUUAUGUUCUUGAGUCGCUUGUAAAAAGUACUGUACAUAAUAUUGACCAUCCUAUGGAAUGUUUUUUUUUUAUUAUUAUUCUUUAAUCCACUGUACUGUUUAUUUAUUUGCCUUACCUGGUUCGUAUGUGGGGUGAGAAAAGGCAUGUUCCUGGGAACCUUAGGAGAUCUGCACCUCUUUGAGACUAAUAGAUCUGAUCAUCUAAAGUGGCAUGUUUCCCCUUUAACGAUUUGGUUCAUGUUUCACAUGUGCUCCCAGAGAGCCCAGUUCCCUCUGUGCUCAUGGCAGGGAAUCCACAGUGUCUCGUGUUGUGGUUCACAGCUCUUACAACUCAAUAAAAAAAAUAAAAAAACUCA